AAUACGAUUGGUGAUGCUAAUAGUACUACUACUACUACUACUACUACUACUACUACUACUACUACUACUACUACUACUACUACUACUACUACUACUACUACUACUACUACUACUACUACUACUACUACUACUACUACUACUACUACUACUACUACUACUACUACUACUACUACUACUACUACUACUACUACUACUACUACUACUACUACUACUACUACUACUACUACUACUACUACUACUACUACUACUACUACUACUACUACUACUACUACUACUACUACUACUACUACUACUACUACUACUACUACUACUACUACUACUACUACUACUACUACUACUACUACUACUACUACUACUACUACUACUACUACUACUACUACUACUACUACUACUACUACUACUACUACUACUACUACUACUACUACUACUACUACUACUACUACUACUACUACUACUACUACUACUACUACUACUACUACUACUACUACUACUACUACUACUACUACUACUACUACUACUACUACUACUACUACUACUACUACUACUACUACUACUACUACUACUACUACUACUACUACUACUACUACUACUACUACUACUAAUAUUGGUAAUAAUAAUAAUAGCAGUGAUAAUAAUAAUAAUGAUAAAAACAUCUGGUAUUUUUUUGUCAUAUGUCACUAUAAUUAA